AUGUGGCAAUGGCAGAGUGAUAUCUUUUUGCCUGACAGAAUAAAACUGAAUACAUCACAUGCUGAGAUUUUCAGGGAUAAUGUUGACCUUCAAAUAAAUAUCACAUUAAGUGAAGAUUCUAAUAAAGUUGGGUUUGUCCUCUAUGAUAAUGACAAGUUCUUCCAGUCAAAAAGCUUUCAACCUUCUCUGGAUACCAAGAGAAAAGUGAUGUCUGCUAACAUUCAAAAAGACUCUAAGUUUGAGAUCAUGUUUGCAGUCACACCAUCGGCCGAUUCCACAACAACCCUCAAUGACUUUGCAUGUGUGUUUUGGAGUUACACUAAAAAAGACUGGAGCACAGAAGGCUGCACUAAAAAGAAGAGCCCCUCUGGACCUGCAGUUUGCAUUUGUAACCCCGAAAAUCAUGGACAAGUAAACUUUGCCAUUCUAAUGUCAUUUGAUAUCAACUAUGAAUAUUCUGAAGCCUUGCAAUGGAUCAGCAUCACCGGCUGUGCUCUGUCUGUGGUGGGACUGUCUGUCACAGCAUUGUACCAAAUCAUAACCAGGAAGUCAAGAGGUAGCAGCCCUACUCUGCUGGUAGUGAAUGUCUGUAUAAGUAUGACAGUUUUCUACCUUCUCUUCAUCUUCGGCAUAAACAACCCUGUCCAACAUGUGAAUGUGGCAAAAGUGUCUGGGGAGAAUAUAGUUCCCGAGUCUGAUCAACACAAGUACUCAGAUGAGGGACCCUGUACAGCAUUUACAGCUCUGAUUCAGUACUUCCUGUUGGCUACAUUCACUUGGAACACUUUGUACGGCAUUAAUGUGUUCCUGCUCUUCAAAAACUCAGUGUCUGGAACACCUUCAUGGUUUCCAAGUGUCUCCAUGGCUGUAGGAUGGGGUUUGCCUGCUGUUAUUGUUGGUAUAUCAUUGGGUUCCUCUUACCGUGUGGAGGAGCCUUUAGGUUAUCGACAAGAAGAGUUUUGCUGGCUGGCUUUCUUGGACCACAAACAAACUUUCAGUAUAAAGAAACCCAUGGUUUGGGGAUUUGUGCUCCCUUUACUGCUCAUGCUGAUCUCAAGCACAGCAAUACUGCUGCACUUCUCAAAAAAAAUCUGCAGGACCAACCCUAACUUAAACAGAUCAGGUAAAACUUCUCUGAAGAAGAAGAUGUUGAGUAGUUGUUCUCUGGCAGUGAUGCUUGGCUUGUCUUGGGUCACAGGCUACAUUUUGCUGAUCACCCAAGAAAAAAAUCUAAAAUUUAUUCUCAGUGUGGUUUUUUGUCUCUUAAACACAACACAGGUGGGUUAAUGCUCAUUGCACAAACAUAAAAAAAAACUUAUAAUGGAUUGUCAGUGCUUCUGUACUCACUGUAAGUUUUCUGUUUCCAAAGGGUGUUCAGAUAUUCAUUUUAUUUGCUUUAAGGCCUUUUCUAAACUCAAAUCCAGCUAUUCUUAACUCUCUGCACGCACCAGAAAUUGGCUUUCACAAGAAAUCAUUUUUUUUAUGGAAGAAUAAGACACCAGAAAGCAACGAAAGCUACAGAUCCACAGAUGGUGACUCACCCUGACAGGCCAUCAAA